GUCCUCUGAUCGAUCUGACCCGUUUCCCCGUUGCUGGCUCUUGCUUCGGGGCUGACGCCUUGUUCAUCCUUUCCAUCGCAUCCACUCCGUACGGUCUACUACUACUGUAAGUACUGUGUACCAUCCUCCGUUUGCCGCGCUCCCCUCCGUUGCCUCUCUCGCCUCUCGCCUCUCGCGUAUCGCCUCUGCGUCUCUGCGCCUCUUGCAAACGGGCUUCCAGUGGCAGGUUAGCGCUUCAUCGGAGAAAAUAGAAUUAGAAGGAUUGUCUAGUGGACGAGCUGUGCAGGAGGGAUCCAUCCCGAUCCUGGUCCCGAUCUCUGUAAGUUGAUCCUUAUCUAAGGCGGUGGAUGGUGAUUUCCUUUUUACCUGGUGAUAAUGGGGAAGGGGAAGGGGAUGGGGAUGGGGAUGGUGGAGAAGGCAAGGAUAAUUGGACUCGGGGAUGGAAUCAUCCUGGAGGGCCUGUUGUUGUCAUCUCCCCGGUCGGGGAAUCAGGAAAAGGAAAGAAAGAGAGAAAAGACGGGUCUGGAGCGAGGGCGAUAAACCAGGAGCUCACUAACGGUGCGGGUUGCCCCAUUGCAGUAGCAGCAGCGCCGCCGCCGCCGCAGCAGCAGCAGCAGUGCAGCAGCUUCUUUUCCUCCGCCUGUGUCUCCUCCCUCCCACAUUGGCUGGUCCUUCUCGCAGUCCAACCACAUCGUCUUCUCCCCGUCGAACAUUCACCGCACACCAACCCAUCCGUGAUUCCUGAACGGACCUCGCCCUCCAGCGCGUCUGUCCUCCCAUCCUACCCGCCUUCACUUUCUACUUUCUACUUUCUCGACCUGUUAUUCUCUCCCCUUCUCCUUCCUCCUUCCUCGCGCUCUCUUUCUCAUCCUCAUCCUCUCCCUCUUCCACUCUCUCUCCUUCCCCUCACCGUCCUGUCUCCGCCGCCCCCUCCCCCCCUGUUCACCGCAUCUCCUGUCCUGCUCUGCUCCUUUCGGCCUCCGACCGCCAGCCUCCAGUGAUCUUCUGCACCGGUUUUCUCGCGAACCCGCGGUUCGUUAAGGUUUACCAUCAUGGUUGUAGCGACAAUUAAGUGUGUGGUGGUUGGUGACGGUGCCGUCGGCAAGACCUGUCUUUUGAUCUCGUACACGACCAACAAAUUCCCGUCGGAAUAUGUGCCUACCGUUUUUGAUAACUAUGCCGUGACGGUCA